AUGUCAUCUGUUCAUCGACAGGUGUCCAAAAAGGGCCAGUCGCGCGCAUUCCGCUACUAUCUUGCUAUCGUCGUGUGCUUAGCUGUGUUCUUCUGCAACUUCCUUGCCGCUGGCCCCACAGUAGCCAUCGUGAAGACAACUGUGGACUUCCUCGGCCCACAGGGACCAGACUUCAGUGCCCAUAUUGCCAAGAUCUCAUACUUCUACAGUACCACCGCCUUGUGCCAGGGCAUUGGUAUGCUGUUUUGGAUGCCACUGAUAGUCAAGUAUGGCCGACGACCUAUCUACGUUAUCUCUUUCAUUCUCUACCUGGCCACUGGGCUGUGGUGCGCAUUCGCAAAUACCUAUGGGGCGGAACUGGCUGGCCGUAUUGUCAUGGGACUUGCAGCUGGCGCUGGAGAGUGUCUCGGGCCCUUGACAAUUGCGGACAUCUUCUUCCUCCACGAGCGUGGCGCAGUGAUGGCGACCUAUACUGCUGCCCUGUCAAUGGGUGUUGCUGGCGGCAUCAUCAUCGAUGGCCUCAUCACCAUUUCUUAUGACUGGCGCUACAUAUAUUAUAUUGCCUCCGCACUGAUUGGAGGCGUGACAAUCCUGGUCAUCCUCACUUUCCCGGAAACAACAUACAAUCGUCAUCCUCAGCCUCGGGAGGAGCCAGUCAUCGACGAGGACGCUGAUACCAAGCUCAUUUCUCAGCGCUCGAGGCCAUCAGAGCACCACGAGACUGCACCAUCCACUCCGAUUCCAGAGAAAAAGACCUAUGUCCAAUCCCUACGUCUCUUCGGGGGAAUUUAUACGUCGGAGUCACUUUUCCGUGUCUUUAUACGUCCAAUCGUCCUCAUUGUCCUCCCUCCUGUUCUCUGGUGCUCACUGGUAUUUGCAGUCACCAUUGGCUUCCUGGUGGCCAUCACAGCCAAUUUUGCGACCGCAUUCUCGGACACAUACAACUUCACAUCCUGGCAGUGCGGUUUAUGUUUCGUGUCUGGCUUGGUGGGCUCUUUCCUGGGAAUUGCGUUUGGUGGCCAUAUCUCUGACUGGACCGCGGAUUGGUUCACUCAGCGCAACGGUGGAAUUCGAGAGCCGGAGAUGCGUCUCCCGUCCAUUGCUAUCGGAGGCGCAUUUGCCCCGAUCGCACUCAUUCUUUAUGGCGUUGGGAUCAAUAAUCAGCUUCAUUGGAUGGUUCCCACUCUUGGCCUCGGCAUGCUCAACUUCGCGAUUGUUCAAGCAACCAAUGUUGCUAUGGUGUACGUGAUUGAUUGCUAUAGACCGGCAGUAGGAGAGGUGACAGUCUCAAUCCUUGCAUUUAAGGCCGCCUUUGGAUUCCUGCUGUCUUUCUACACAAACCCCUGGAUUGCUCUGGAGGGAUAUAGCAAGGCUUUCGGGGAGAUGGCAUUUCUGUCCGGUAUCAUUAUUGUCAUGGUCGUAAUCUUUUACUUCUGGGGAAAGAAAAUCAGGCGCAAGACAUGGGACUGGCGGGUGAUGCAGAAGUAUGGCCGGUGGGAUGAAGACCGCGAAGUUGGGGAGUAA